AUGGAUCUAGCCAGCGAAGGACAGGAUGCAGGUGUCAGGUGGGGUGGCCCCCCAGCCCCUCCUCUUCCCGCGCCCCUCCUUUCUCACCACCCAUCACUCUCAACCCAACCACUCUCUAACAAAACCCACCUCCUUCUUCUGACCGUUAGAUGGUGCAGACCCCAAAUUAAUGGCGGAGACAAGAGAAGGACGAAAGCAUUCAACACAGUGCUCUCUGAUGCAAAGGGGAAGAAUGAAAACUUCGGGGAGCUUGAAGAUGUGUACAAAAAGGGUCAUAACGAAGACACACCACGUGCAGCGAGGAAUGCGUGGCAAAGGGUAGCGACGGAAACAGUUGAGGUUGAGGGUGGGCGAGCGACGAGGGGUAAGAAAAGGAUGAGAAAGAAGAGAGUGGAAGAAAAGAUGGUUUCGUUUUUCAAGAGGUUGGUGAAACGUGUGGUUAAACAGCAGGAGGUCCUGCAGAACAAAUUGGUGGCGGCGAUUGAGCGAAUGGAGAAAGAAAGAGUGGAAUGGGAAGAGGGUUGGAGGCGUCGAGAAGCGGAAAUUCACGACAGAGAAGCGCUUAUGAAAGCACGUGAGCGAGAUCUGGCUUCUGAGAGAGACUCAUCCAUCGUCUCUAGCAUAGAGAAGAUUACCGGUCAAAGGUUCGUUCUUGUUUCAGGGAAAGGUCACGACCAGUUAUCUCCAAGACAUGAAAAUUGA